AUGAGUGAUGGAGAUAAGAUGGAUAUUGACGUGGAGAAUGUUCCACAGCAGUCAACUGAGACUCAAUCUAAGCAAGAAAAGAAAAAAAAAUUUGAGAUCAAAAAAUGGACUGCUGUAGCAUUCUGGUCCUGGGAUAUUGCAGUUGACAAUUGUGCUAUUUGUAGAAAUCAUAUUAUGGAGCCAUGUAUUGAAUGUCAACCGAUGGCUAUAUCAGACACUGACACAGAGUGUGUGGCUGCAUGGGGGACGUGUGGGCAUGCCUUUCAUUUACAUUGUAUAAGUAAAUGGAUAAAGACAAGAGAAGCUUGUCCAUUAGAUAACCAACGUUGGCAAUUGGCAAAAUGUGGUAAAUAG